ACGUAUUCUCCUUUCUCCUCGCUCUCUCACAUAUUCUCCCGAGUCCUCGCUCUCUCUCACAUAUUCUCCUACUCCCCUCCACCUAGAACCCCGUCAACAUAGUCCGCACAGUUCCCGUCGCCCCCGUCGCCUAGUCUACAAGCUUAGCCACUCCUCCCGGUAGGUCACGCUAUUAUCUAAGUUAUCCCCCCCCCGACGAUGUCGACUGCUCAGAACAAUGGGGGUGUGGUGGGCGUGGUGGAUGUGAACGUGCCUGUGGUGUUGGAGAUGGACACCAUGAGACUCACACAGGCGCUCAAAGAGCUCAUAGAAAACGCUAUCCAAUGCACGAAAAGCGGGCAUGCGUUGGUGCGCCUGUCAGUCUGCUCUGCCUCCAUCACCCUUGAGAGCGCCCUCGAGCACCUAAAUGCCGCAGACGCCCCACUCCAGCCCGCGCCCCCUCCUCCUCCUCCCUCUCUCCUCUCCUGCAUCACCCGCCCGCCCACCCACCUAGUGCGCUUCACGAGUGCCCUCUUCACGCCUUGCCAGGAGGGGCCGUUUUCGGAUCAGAGCACUGAGAGUGAGGAGCUGUCAGCGUGGGGGGAUGCAGAAGCAGCUGCGGCUGUUCUGGGGGAGUCUGAGAGUGUGAGGGGGCGCAGGGAGGAGGAGGGAGAGGGUGGUUCUUCUCAGGCUGGUUCUCAGGGUGAUUGUGAGGGGGGAAGUGGGGGGAGUGGGUGUGGGGAGAGGAUGCAGCUGGUGGUUUCAUGUGAGGACACGGGGUGCGGCAUCGAUGAGGCGAAGCACGGAGAGCUGUUUGAGUUCAAGGGACGAUCGGAGAGUGGAGGAGCGGGGCUGGGUCUUGUCCUCACACACCAUCUGGCAUCCCUCAUGGGUGGUCGUAUCGCCUGCUUGUCUCAUCCGGGCAUCGGCUCCACCUUCGCAUUCUCCAUCCCCUUCACUGCGCCCCCCUCCGCCCCUCACACUUCUGCCGCUUCUGCUGCUCGCCCUCGCACUGCUGGCUUGGAGGGAGUAGCUGUUGGCGUGGUGGGGUCUGAUGCAUGCAGGAUGGAGCUGACGGCUCGCAUGUUAUCGGGUCUCGGAGCACAAGUGCACCUGCUGCCAAUCCUCAGCAGCAAGACGCAGGGAGGGAGAGAGGGAGGAGAGGGCGAGCGAGGGAGAGAGGGAGAAGGCGAGGGGGGGAUGGGGGAGAAAGUCAAAAUGAGAGAGGGGAUGAUUGAGAGUAUACCACGGGUGGUGGUGGUUGAGGAGGGGGAUAUAUGGAGGCAGCAAAGUCAGGAAGGGGGAGAGGUUGCUUGUAGUGGUGCGUGUGACAGUAAUGGGACUGGUCAACAGUGUGAAGGGAAUCGGUUGUGGAGGGGGCACGGGGGAGGGAUGAGGAUGGGUGGGGUGGCGCUGGUGCCGGCAGGGGCAGCAGCAUGGGCCGCAGCCGUGCAGGUCGUGAGGCGAGUGGAAGGGAUGACAUGCGGUGGACAGGUGGCCGGGGUGGUCGUUCUUGCGGGCUGCUGUAGUGGCGAGGAGAUGGUUGGAGAGGGGGAGGAGGAAGAGGAGGAGGAGGAGGGAGACUCACCAUUUACAGCUGCUACUGCCUGUGGUGCCUCCUCUCCCCGUGUGAUCAUCUGCCGCCGCCUGCUGCUCUCUCACCAUCUGCACCACGCCGUUCAGGCAGCAGCAUUUGGACUCGACACCAGCAGAAGCUGUGAGAGGCAGAGCAGCCCGUCCCAUUGCAGCAGAGCCUGUGAGCGACACAGCAGCUGUGAGCCUCUCGCUCGAUUGGACCAGGAAGAGCGCAGAGAAGGGAGCAGAGAAGGGAGUUUGGAAGAGCAUCAUUCCUCCACGUGUUGGAGUGUGGAGAGCAGGGGUGGGGAGCAGCAGAGCAGCAGCGAGCGGCAUGCUACCAGGUUCGCAAAAAGUGAUGGGAUGGUCAGCACAAGUAACGGAGAGGCAAGGCAGGGGGUCAUUGCCCACGGUGAUGCCAGUAAUGGUGAUUUGAAUGGGAGAAGUCUAAGGCUGAUGGCAGCAAAGGGCGUAGAUGGUCUUAGUGCAGCAGCCGAUGAUACUUCCAUAAGCAGAAGCAGCAGCUCCAGAAGCAGCAGUUUCAGGAGCAGCAAACAGGCGGCAGCAGCACCGCUGGCAGGAGCUGCUGUGUGUUCGGUGGCAGCAAAUGCCGGGGCGAAUGCAGUACUGCAGGGGCUGGGCGUGCUGGUGGUGGACGACACGAGCGUGAACCUGGUGGUGGCCCGCCGCACUCUGAGUCGAUGCGGCGCCGCUGUGGCCACGGCAGGCAGCGGGGAGGAUGCAGUGAGGCACGUGAAGGAGGCCAUGGGGGGAGCGGGGGAGGCGCUGGAUGUGGUGCUGAUGGACCUGCAGAUGCCAGGCAUGGACGGGUUCAUGGCAACUGAGGCCAUACGAACCCAUGAGAAAGCCGCAGCCCUUCAGGUCGCAUCAACAUCCGCAGCAGUAUCAGCAUCAGCAUCAGCAUCAGCAUCAGAAGCGACCAUAGGAGUGAUUGAAAUUGGAGGAACAGGCAUGGAGGCUGCCAUCUGUGCCGCUGCCCCUCCAGUCUCCGCGGUCCCGCGGGUGCCCAUAGUGGCGCUGACAGCAGAUGUGGACGAGGAGAUUACUCGGCGCUGCCUUGCGAAUGGCUUUGAUGGCAUUCUGCAGAAGCCAGUUGACCCCAAGCUGCUCUCGCACCUGCUGCUGCGGAUUAAUUAUAGCAGGCCCUAUCAGAAAGAGAAUCAUUUGAACUAGAAUGUGUGUGUACAAGGAUAUAUGUGUGUGUGAAUCAUUUGAACUAGGGUGUUGUACCCUCUAAGGCACAAUCCAGUA